AUGGUGCCAAAAGCUAAGAAGGAAGCUUCCAAAGCUGAAGCCAAAGCAAAAGCUUUGAAGGCCAAGAAGGCAGUGAAGGAGGGUGUCCACAGGCAUGGAAAGAAGGCCCACACAGCACCUGGCUUUCGGAGACUCAAGACAUGGCGGCUCUGGAGGAAGCCCAGAUACCCUCAGAAGAGUGUCCCUGGGAGAAUCAAGUGUGACCACUGUACCGUCAUCCAGUCCCCCCUGACCACCAAAUCAACAGUGAGGAAGAUGGGAGACAAUGGCACUCUUGUGUUCACUGUGGACGUCAAGGCCAACAAACACCAGAUCAGACAAGCUGUAAAGAAGCUCUAUGACACUGAUGUGGCCAAGGCUAACACCCUGAUCAGGCCGGGUGGAGAGAAGAAGGCGUACGUUCGACUGUCUCUUGAUCACAAUGCUUUGGAUGUUGCCAACAAAAUUGGGAUCAUCUAA